UGGUACUGUGCUAGAUAGGUUGCGCUGUGAAGAAAAGUCACCACCUUGUAAAAGCUCUCAAAUCAAGGCCACCGGGAAUGAGCACUGCUAGCUACAUGCCAAUAGGUUUGCAUUAGAAGGUCGAAAGUAUUACAACGCCUUUGACAUUUUUCCAGAACCGUUUUAUGACUACAUUGCUGCAAAUAUUAGAUAUAGGGCAAUACCAAUACUCAAGUGUCAAAGUCGAACUAAAUUUACCUUCGUAGCUACGUAAUUUAGUAAGCUAGCUAGCUAGGUCAGGUGUAGCUAACGUUAGACAGCAACAUUCUCCUUUUGCAAACAUGGCUGCGAUGAGAGUUUCCUAUCACAAACUGCUGGAUAAGAUCGGGCUAAUGUUGCCAGCAAAACUGAGACCUCUCUACAAUCACCCUGCAGGUCCAAAGACUAUUUUCUUCUGGGCCCCGAUGUUCAAAUGGGGUCUGGUCGGGGCUGGUCUGGCAGAUAUGAGUCGACCAGCUGAGAAACUGAGCUUUUCCCAGUCUGCUGUACUGACAGCCACAGGUCUGACCUGGUCCAGAUACUCUUUGGUCAUCAUUCCAAAGAACUGGAACCUCUUUGCUGUCAAUUUAUUUGUGGGUAGUGCUGGAAUAUCCCAGCUCUACAGGAUCUUCCAGUAUGAACAAGGGAAGAAGGCACUAGCGAAGGAGGAAGCUGCCCCAGCAGAGUCUUGAAUUAUGUCACCAGUCCAUUCCCAUGGACUGUAAGGGAGCUUAUCACCGGCACAAACCCAGUCCCUCUAAGCCCCUCCAUCCCUUUUCCAUCCUCACGCAAUUUUACAGUAGAAAAAAGUACCAUACAUUUCCUUGCUGUAGAUCAUGUAAUUUUCCUGGAUUUCUUCAGGGUUAUAUUGGCAUAUUAACCCUUACCAAACACUCAAAUGUUUGUCAUCUACGCACAAGCUGUAUUAUUUAAGUUUUACUUCAUACAACAAAUGGCAUGACUGUUUUUAAUUUGUUCAUGAUUAAUGUUUAGCAUGCACUUUUUGGGAAGUGUUGCAUUUUUUUCCGUUAUUUCUUUUGAGGAGUCGUCAUUCCUCAUGGAGUGGUUUCCAAACAAGGAAGGUCUUGGAUCUGUGUUGAUUGUGGUUAAAAAGAAUGUCUCCCCAAAUUAAAAAUGUUUUUAAAAAAUGUCACAUUCAACCCAUAUGCUUAUUCAACUAUUUUCAGCAAUUUUGGUAACUAUGUCUAUAUCAGUAGGAUGAUUCAACCGUACAUGCAUACCAUGUGACUGUUCCUUCCACGUGUGGUAAAUGCUUUAACCAAUAAAUCAGGUUUUAAAAAAAACACAUUUCAUAUAGCUUUUAACUGUAGACUUUCAAAUGCCAGUAGGAAAUCACCUUUUUCCCCCUGAUCAUUAGGAGGAACCUUUUGGUAAUGUGUCCUAUGUGUUGCAGUCUUGGGGGCUGAAUCUAGCGUGGUACUUGGACCCAAGAAGGGCAACAUGUAUUGGCCCUGUAGUCAAGGUCCUCGUCUCCUAUUGGUUGGUUCUCAGUAGUUGGGAGACGCAUAAUCUGUUAGUGUAACUAGAUGAGAAUUUAAAAAGUCAUUUUGUUCAUUGAUCUCUGAAAUGUCGCAAUAAAUGGCAAAAUACAUUGGUCCACAAUGCACUGAAACAUGAACAGGCACUUAUGUAUGUCGAGGUUAUAUCUUUAGUGUCUAUGAUAUAUAUAUAUAUGCCCUUAUUUGUUCUGUUGAAUUAAAAACUCUUGGCAUA